AGCUGUCGCUGUGAAUCUCCUCUUCCUCCAGAGUCGAUUUUUUUUUCUUUUUUUUUUUUUUUUUUUUUUUUUUCUUGAUAAUAGGGUGUUUACGACGGCGCUUCUAUCGAGAGUUCUACGAUUGUGUUUUCAUAAUUGUAGUGGUGAGGUCGCAGUUCCGAACACAACCCGUUUGCGCUCUUCAAGUGAGAUCUGUCUCCACUUCUUUGGAUCGAGAUGGCUUUACCUUCUCGUUCGAUCUGUGUCGUGAUCUUCUUCACUCUGGUGCUUGGGCAAGUCUCGGCACAAUGGCCUGCAGCCACAACUCCUACUUACGCGCCCCAAUCGAUUGCUCCGAUGUACCCCCCUCCCGUGGUUCCCGAUUACUCCCCAGAUUAUGCUCCCGAAUAUUCACCCGUUGAAUCUCCCGAAUAUGCACCAGUUGAAUCUCCUGAAUAUGCACCAGUUGAAUCUCCUGAGUAUUAUGCUCCUGAGGUGGCUCCCGAGUCCAGUCCCGUGGGAUCUCCGAUCGCAUCACCAGCUGACGCUCCCGUGGAGAGCCCUGCGGAUGCUCCCGCCGACGCUCUUGUGCCUUUUGGAAUGGCCCCAGGACCCAGCCCUCUCGAGUCCGACGCUGCAAGAACCAUGGCUUCAAGUGCUGGCGUUGCGUUCAUGGGACUUGCAGUGUUGUUCCUUUACUGAAAACAAUUUUUUUUGUAGGAAUGUGUAGCUGGGGCAAUAACUUCCCUACAUAGACUUACAAUAACACCAUUCUUAACAAUCCUUGUUAUCGAUCACGCAGAAGUACUUGUACAUAUGUUUUGGUCACGGCACAAGGUUGUGGCUCGAUAAAGUUUGACCACAUUUAUCAUUUCUCGGAAUGGCUCAUGGGAUCUGAUUUUCACUGUGAUUCGGUACUACCUCCAAUAAAUUUUGAGACCCUAUGAUAGAA